CUAUUUUAAAUUCAAAUAAUGACUCUCUCUACUUUUAAAAAGAAUUCUCGGAAGUCGUGCAAGACUUAGAUCUGUCAUUGCAGCCAGUUGUAUUUCUCAAAAUAAUGUACUGUAAUACAUAAAUUCAAUUUGCCACGUUGUUCAGUAGUAACUGGGAUCUUGAAAAGAAAAAAAACAAAACAAGUCCAGUAUUGAACCAGAAGAAAGAUGGGAUGCAUUAACAAAGGAUGGGAGUUUGUAAGUAGAAAAAUCAGGAGCUGUUUGAAAAGGAAAAAGGGGAUCGAAAACAGAGACAAUAACAUAGCAGAAAGAUGGGAAGUUUUGAGUGGUAAGAAUAAUUGGGAAGGUUUACUUGAACCUUUGGAUUAUGAUCUCCGCCAAUACCUCAUUCACUAUGGUCAAAUGUGUCAAGCCAUCUACGACUCAUUCAAUAAUGAGAGAGUUUCAAAAUACAGAGGAACAAGUCGAUACUCCAAAAAGAACCUCUUCACAAGAGUGGGGCUCGACAAAAACAAGUAUGAAAUCACCAAAUAUUUCUAUGGAGCUUCAAAUGAACCAAGUAAAACUGAGAAGAUGAAAGAAUCAAAUUGGAUUGGGUUUGUUGCUGUUACCACUGAUGAAGGUAAAGUUGCAUUAGGGAGGAGAGACAUUUUGAUUGCUUGGAGAGGGACCAUUUGUCCUGCGGAAUGGAAUGAUGAUUUUGAAUCGUCCUUGGUCCAACCAACAGAAAUCUUUGGAGAAAAUGCGGAUAACAUUCUAGUACACAAAGGUUUUUAUUCAAUUUAUACUUCUCUUAACGACACUUCAAAUUUCAAUCGGACAACCAGUGCUAGAGAUCAGGUUCUUGAAGAAGUUAAAAGGUUGUUGGAGCAAUACAGUAAGGAGGAAGUUAGCAUCAGUGUUACAGGCCACAGCUUGGGUUCAUCAUUGGCCACACUAUGCGCAAUUGACAUAGUUGUCAACCAAAUCAACAAGGAGUUUCCAGUAACUGCAUUUUUAUUUGCUAGCCCACGAGUUGGAGAAGCCAAUUUCAAGAAAGCUCAUCAAAAAUUGAGAAAUCUUCAAAUCUUGCGGAUUACCAAUGCCCCUGAUCUCAUUCCGAAGCUGCCAGACCGUGGACUGGUCGAGGGUUCUGCUACAGAUUGGAGAGUGUAUGAAGAUGUAGGCUUUGAACUUUCAAUUGAUACUACAAAAUCAGACUACUUAAAGAAAGACAUAAAUGAUCAUAUUCUGGAAGUUUAUUUGCACGGAAUUGCUGGAACACAUGGACCAGAAGGAGAGUUCAAGUUGGAAAUAAAUCGGGAUAUUGCUCUUAUGAAUAAGGAAGACGAUACGUUGAAGGAUGAAUAUGGUGUACCAAUAUCGUGGUGGAUCGAGAAGAAUAAAGGAAUGAUUCAACGAGAAGAUGGAUCUUGGAUUCUCAUGGAUCACGAGGAUGAUGACAGUUAGGGAAUGUUGGUAGCAUGUAUGAAAACAGUGUUGAAUAUAGCAAUGCUAAUAUUAAUUGUGCUUA